UUAAACACAUUAGCAUCAGUUAAUCAACAAGUUGCAUUAAAAAUCAUCUAAUUUCCUCUUUUGUGCAAAAAACUAUGAAAAUGUUCGCCACUCUCUUCGUUGUAUUUGCUAUUGCUUCUUCAGCUCUUGGUGAAUGUCCAGUUCCUCCAACUGUUCCUGGUGCUGAUAUUGGCAAAAUUGCCGGUCGAUGGUAUGAAAUCGCUGGACCAACUAGAAAUUUCACCUGUAUGACUUGGGAUUACACUCCUCGAGAGGAUGGAAACUUCAAUAGUACAACUCUUUCGACUUUACCUGAUGGUUCAAAGGAUGCUGAAUAUAUGUUAGCCGAACGUGCUGAUGACCAAAAUUUACUCAAUCUCUACGCUAUGUCACACAGGACUCCAUAUCCAAUUACCUUCUACAUAGCCGAUACUGACUACGAUAAUUAUCUGGCUGCUUACACUUGUGUUGUUGUUCCUUGGCGUUCAGAUAUUCUGUCCGGUUUGAUUUUAUCAAGGACUAACACCAUGGAUGCUGAAAAGUAUGCCGAACUAACCGAUUUGCUGGUUAAUAAAAUUGGCGUUUCUAGUGAUGUAGUUGGACCCAUAACCCAAAAAGACUGUAAAUACUGGCCAGUCCCACAGUAAUGAUAUUCAAACUUGAAUAAAAAAGAUUUUCAGUGUAACGUUCGAUAACUUCUAGCAACAAAAUUUACAUAAAUAAAUAACAAUUAGAUAUUUCAUCGGACAUUCA